AUGUAUGGAAUUAUGUCAGAUCUCCUGGACUGGAACUACGGGCCGGAUGAGCGCGGUGAGCAAGUCCGAGUCUUAGCAAUCAAUGGCAACGAUGACUGGAUUGUCAACACCCCUGGCCAGAUGAUGGUCUAUGACAAACUGAGCUGGAAAGGACAGGCAGCCUAUCGGGUAGCACCGUGGCAACAUUGGUCGUCAAAUGACGCACCCAUAGAGAAGGACGUCGCCGACACCAAAGCCGACAAGAUGUUCGACAAAGAAGCUGGCGUCACGAGCGUCAAGCUCGACGAUGUCUAUAGUAUCAGGGCCGAAGAGGACUCGGUGUACCCCGAGGUCAGAGCCUCUGUACCACCGACCGACGACGAAACCCUACCCGCCUCGACAUUCCGGGCCUGGUUUCUCGGUAUUACCUUGACCCUUGUGGUCAACGGCCUGAACCAGUUCUUCCUACUCCACAAUCCUCCGCUCAUCAUCGGGCCGUACAUUGUCAUUCUUAUUGCAUAUCCUUUGGGUCGCUUUCUUGCCAAGGUGCUGCCGAAACGGCCCUUCAGGCUCAUGGGAAUGUCUUUCUCGCUCAAUCCAGGCCCCUUCAACACCAAAGAACAUACGGUCAUCAGCAUCAUGAUUGUCGGCACGGUGAGCUUUAAUGCUGGUGCCACCGCCACAGAUAUAUAUGUAGCCUUCAGCGAGUAUUUAGGCAUGGCUUCCAAGGUGACAGUGGGCUACAAACUCAUGUUCCUUUUGACAAGCCAGUCACUCGGGUUCGGUCUUGGUGGCCUUGUCCAAAGCCUUGUUGUCGAGCCGGCAUACUGUAUCUGGCCCGCCGCCCUGCCGCGGUGUGCAAUGAUCCAUGGCUUUCACGACGGAUCAUUUGCGAAUUUCGACGUCCCAGCCUGGAAGAUGUCUCGUAUGCGCUUCUUCUGGAUCGUGGUGGGCGCCACCGCACUAUACCAGAUCGUGCCUGGCUUCCUGUUUGCCGGACUCAGUACCUUUGCCUGGGUUACCUGGAUUGCACCAAACAAUGUUACUAUAAAUCACAUAUUUGGAGCGUUCACUGGACUGGACUUGGUCCCCAUUCCGUUGGACUGGAACCAGCUCACGGGAUAUUUAGGCAGUCCCCUGAUUGUACCGACUUGGGCCAUCCUCAACGUCGGCGUUGCCGUCGUCAUACUGCUCUGGGUUGUGGCACCUGCCUUGCACUGGAGCAACAUAUGGUAUGGCAUGUACUUUCCCAUAUCGAGCCCGACAGUGUGGGAUAAUACCGGCUCCCCAUACAAUACGAGCCUGGUGAUGACUUCAGACUUCAAAUUGAAUGAGACGGCGUACCAGGAAUAUUCGCCAAUCUUUCUUUCUACUACGUCUGCCUUGUCCUAUGGUUUGGCGAUGGGAUCUGUUACAGCUGUCCUGGUGCAUACUAUACUGCAUUACCGUCAGACACUUUGGAGCGGCCUGCGUACUAUGUUUGGCAAGGCCCAGGCUGACAGCAAUGAACCAGAAGACAUCCACCAGAAGUUGAUGAAGAAGUAUCCCCCGGUGCCUGCGUGGUGGUUCGGUGUCGUUCUCCUCGUCACCACCGGCAUGGCUAUCGGCUUUGUUGAAGGCUUUGACACCGGUCUCCCCUGGUGGGCCAUUAUCGUUGCACUUUCGAUUCAGGCCGUCGUCAUGGUGCCGAUCUUUUUACUAGCUGCACUUACAAACCAAAUGCUUCCCUUGGGGAUGUUUGGAGCCUUGAUCGGUGGCUUUAUCUGGGGUGGAAACAUGGAAGCAGUUGUCCUUUUCAAGGUAUUUGUUUACGUCCCCGUAGGCAUGGGAAUCUACCUUCUCGGCGACCAGAAGUUUGGAAAUUACAUGAAGGUUCCUCCUCGAGUUGUCUUUGUUGCUCAAUCCCUAGGUAUUAUCCUCAGCUGGCUCGCACAAACUGCAGUUAAUGUUUGGGCUCUCAAUCAUGUUGAGGGUAUCUGUCAUACGAAUAAGAAGUUCACUUGCCCCCUCGCCCGAGGUUCCCAGUCCAGCACUAUAUUCUGGGGUCUGAUAGGACCGUCGAAGAUCUUCAGCUCCGGUGCAAUGUAUCAGCCCAUGCUGUAUUUCCUACUCAUCGGUGCUGUGUUACCAGUGCCGUUUUACCUUGCGGAGAAGCGAUUCCCGAAAGUCAAGUGGUUGAAACGUGUGCACAUACCCCUCGCUAUGUCUGCGACGGCGGCCAUCCCUCCAGCUACUGCUAUAAACUACUUCCCCUGGGUUAUGGUUGGGCUGUUCUUCAGUUGGUUUGUCUUUCGGCGCUGGAACGGGUGGUGGCUGAAGUACAACUACCUAUUAUCAGCUGGGCUGGAUACCGGAAUUGCCCUUUGCACCUUCCUCCUCUUUUUCUGUUUCUAUUAUCCAGGUGUUGAGUUGAACUGGUGGGGUAAUGUCGAGGCCUUUGAGACAGCGGAUGUCAUGGGCAUCCCUCUCAAGAAGGUUGCGCCAGGAGAGACAUUUGGAUCGAAGAACUGGUCGUAG